GCGCCGGCGAGGUUCGAGUUUGCCAGUCCCCCAACCUGGAAGAGAAGGGCCAGCCCCUCACACCCGGAAGGGAAGGGCCGGUCCCCCCAACACCUGGCGCCGGGGUCGCGGGGCCACAGGUGUGGAACUGGUCUCAAUCGGUUGACCACCGUAAGGAAAUAGGGUUUACACUGUGGACAGAGAUGUGUCCUUUACACUUCAUUUGAACCAAUAUGCCCGUGCUCCCGUGGAGGCUGAGUUGGAAAGUGACACGAAGCUGCUCCCCCGCAAGAGAGCAGGAAAACUUUAUUCUCAAGAGAUUUCUCAUUCCGCAGAAAUAAGGAUCUGGCAUGUCAACACAAACAUAGGAAGUUGAUGCAGUCAAAGGGAAAUAACUGCUACCCUGACUCUGCUGAGAGCCUCACAAGUCCCUGUGCACACCAGCUUAUUUGCCAUGAAUAACCCUAUACCUUCCAAUUUGAAAUCAGAAGCAAAAAAGGCUGCCAAAAUAUUAAGAGAAUUCACAGAAAUAACUUCCAGAAAUGGACCUGAUAAGAUCAUUCCUGCUCACGUAAUUGCAAAGGCUAAAGGCCUUGCAAUUCUGUCUGUGAUCAAAGCCGGGUUCCUGGUGACUGCCAGAGGAGGCAGCGGGAUUGUAGUGGCGCGCCUUCCAGAUGGAAAAUGGUCUGCACCCUCAGCCAUUGGGAUAGCUGGCCUUGGUGGAGGAUUUGAAAUAGGAAUUGAGGUAUCAGACUUGGUGAUAAUUCUGAAUUAUGACCGUGCUGUAGAAGCUUUUGCAAAAGGCGGAAAUCUAACCCUCGGAGGGAACUUGACUGUGGCGGUUGGGCCCUUGGGAAGGAACUUGGAAGGAAACGUGGCCCUGAGAAGCUCCGCUGCCGUCUUCACGUACUGCAAGUCGAGGGGACUCUUUGCAGGCGUGUCUUUAGAAGGGAGCUGUUUGAUUGAAAGGAAAGAAACUAAUAGAAAAUUUUAUUGUCAAGAUAUCCGAGCUUAUGACAUUUUAUUUGGAGAUACACCGCGGCCUGCUCAAGCCGAAGAUCUUUAUGAAAUUCUUGAUUCCUUUACUGAAAAGUAUGAAAAUGAAGGACAACGAAUCAAUGCAAGAAAAGCAGCAAGGGAGCAGAGGAAGUCUUCUGCUAAAGAAUUACCUCCAAAGCCAUCGUCAAGACCACAGCAGUCAUCUGCACCAGUCCAGCUGAACUCUGGCUCUCAAAGUAACAGAAAUGAAUAUAAGCUCUAUCCUGGACUUUCCAGCUAUCAUGAGAGAGUUGCUGCUGUAACAAAACACCAUAGUCUGGGCAGCUCAAAGACAAUGGAAUUUUAUUUCUCACGCUUCUGGAGGCUGGAUUCCAAGAUCAAGGUUCCAGGAGACUCAGUGUCUGGCAAGGUCUCGGUUUCUGCUUCAGAGAUGGUGCCAUCUGGCUUUGUCCUCACAAGGAGGGAGGUGCAAGAAGCUCCCCUCAGGCUCUGUCUGCAAUUUGAAUCAACCCAUAGAAGUGACAGCGCUGUAUUCAUUUGAAGGACAGCAGCCUGGGGAUUUGAAUUUUCAAGCUGGAGACAGAAUCACAGUUAUAUCAAAAACAGAUUCACAUUUUGAUUGGUGGGAAGGAAAACUUCGAGGUCAAACUGGCAUUUUUCCAGCCAACUACGUAACCAUGAAUUAAAGCGUAUACUAUUUUCUUCUUUGAGAAUUACAAAAAAAUUAUUUCUACACUGACAGGAUUUACUAGUUAAGCAAUGUUUAAUAUAAAUUUUAAAAAACUUCUGUUCUACAAAAUUUCCAUUCAGUAUGUAAAAGAUUUUGUUUUUCUAUAUAAAAAGAGCUGACUGACAUAUCUUUAAAUACUUUGUACUAACUUUAUCACACUUGCUGUGUCAUAGAAUAUCAUACAAUUUAUAUGCUCAUAGUUCUUUUGUGAACACUUCAAACAUCGCUAAGCAUUUGAUCUGGCCAUGUAUAUGGUAGCUGUGUUUUAAUUUGAGAAUCUUGAGGGUAGAGCCAUGAAUUUCAAUUCUUACAUUUCCAUUUGCAAAGUGACUAGAGAAAAAGAAAUCAGCUUAAAUGAGGUAUUAAGUAAUGUUUAGAGUUGUAGGUAUUAACUAGAAUAUAAAUCCUUAGAAAUUGUCUUUAUACCUUCAAAAGUUAUACUAUGCAUUUAUCAUAGAAAUAUGAUUACGAAGAAGUCUGACUACCAUGUCUUGAAACAUGUGGGAUCUCUCAACUUUUCUUCCUUAUGGGGCUACAUUUGUUCAUUUCUAGCAGUAGCAUAAACUUACGGUGACAUGGUAGACUUGUCUCUAAAUAAAAUUUUUAAAUGUUUACUAAGUUAA